AUGGGUUCGUCUGUCUGCUGGGAAAAUGAUUCUUACUAUUCCAUAUAUGACCCAUUCUUCAGUGAUGAUGAAGAUCUUUAUUCUCUCAGCAGCCACCCACUAUGGUGGACGAAACCAGGCAGCGGAGAUGGGAAGCGGACAAAACGAAAACCGCUGGGCUCGACAGUAGCACCCGGAGCUGUUCCCUCCGCCAUCAGGAAAACUGUGGAAGAUCCAGACAACGUUCUUGGCAAGAGACGCAAAGAUCGUUUGCUUGCCAAGUGUGCCGACACCUUCGUUCCCGGUGUUUGCUACUCUAUGGAGAAGAGGAAUCGCUGGGCAGAGGCUAAUCCGGAAAAUCUCCUCAAUGGUAUCGAGACAGGCGAAGUUUCCGUGCAAGUCGUUGAAGAGAAAACACCGUUCCCAGAUAACUACUACAAGUACAGAGCUGUCGUUGCUGUUCAUGAACUUGACGGAAAUGGUGAGAUGAUCUCCAAGACUGCAGGAGGACAAGGCACAUCGCUUUCGUGUUUGACAUCAGUGCCAAAAGAGAAACAGCGCCGAAGCCGCCGCACACGUCGUGGAACUGCAAAGGAGCAGGAGGAGAACGCAGACGUUAAAGAAAACGUUCCCAGGAACGCUCAAAUCCGCUACACUAUCAUGCACGAAAAACCUUAUUACUAUGGUCAAGACAUACGGGGAAAAACACUUUCUUAUGAUGACGUGUACAAGAACAGAAACCGUGGUCAUGUAAGGCGUGAUCACCUUAGAGAACUAGGGCACAGCACAGCGAAUCGGAGGAUACUGUUCAGCCUUGGCGACUUCAUAUCAAAGGAAGUGCAGGAACCUCCAAAGCGACGGAGAAAGAAAAGCUCACUGAGUUUCGAGAAAAUAGUAUGUAUACGGUUACUAUAUCGCGGUUAUUCGCUUGCGAAGAGCUGCUAG